CAUUUUUGAAUCAUCUUUUCCACUUAUUUUCCAGUUCUAGAUUUUUCUUCCUUUUUCAAUUAUAUUCAUUUUAAUAACCAAUAAUUUGCAGAAAAACCCAUUGACGGAGGAAGAGGAGAGGAGAUUGGUGGCAUUACAUGAGCUACUUGGGAACCGGUGGUCGGAGAUCGCGAAGUGUAUUCCUGGCCGGUCGGACAACUUGCUCAAAAACCACUGGAACACAACCAAGAGGCGGCAGUUCACCAAGAAAAAACUCAAAGAGAGCGGCAGCCUAACCGAUAACGGGAAUAAGAACUCACUAAGAAGAGACCUAUGGUUCUAGAGAACUACUCCCUCCGUUCCUAAAAAUUCUUCCCGGUUUGAAUUGGCACGCCUAUUAAGAAAGUGGAAUAAAGUGGAAAUGUGUGGUUGUGUGAGAAAAAGGUAAAAUGAAUGUGAGCCACACAAAUUGUCCAAAAAGGGAAAGUGAGAAGAAUUUUUGGGAACGGCCCAAAAAGGAAAGUGGGAAGUAUUUUUGGGAACGGAGGGAGUAUAUUAAGUAUGAAUACUUCGGCGGUCUCAGCCUUGCCCCGCCACAACAGAACAACAUUGACGCCCGUGGUGGUAACAUUCAGCAGUCUACGGCCAUGGUGGUGUUCCCGGCCGGCGAGCAGAACGAACACCGUGAGUGGCCACCGCUUUUGGCUGAAUCCCACGACAAGGACAUGAGCUUUAUGGCAAACCUCUUUGGAGCCUCGCCGUCUUCCGCGUCAACGGGGCGUCAAUGUUGGUGGUGAACACAAGAGUGGAGCCCAUAAUAUAGAUAAGGAGAAUGGGGUGGAGGCGGAGAACGACCGCUGGAGCAGCUACUUAGCGUUUGAGUAGAGCUUCUAAAAUAAAGUAUUCAAAAACUGUUUUUAUAUCGCAAUGUAACCUGCAUGACUUUAAUUUGUUUAUUUGUCAAAGUUUAAACUCUGCUUAAAACAUUAAUUUAAUUGUUGGGGUGUUAAAGUUUAGUGGAAAUUACCCGUAUGAUC